AUAUAUAAAUACAAGACAUAAAGUACAUAAGACGAAUUCGAUUGAAACCUUCAGUCCCAUUCCAACUGCGGAACAGACAUCUAUAGGAGGUAACACAGCAUCUAAUAAAAUGAGUGUCAUUGACUUCUACUACUUGCCGGGAUCGCCGCCGUGCAUCUUUGUGGAGCUAACAGGCGCCGCGCUCGGUAUCGACCACAGGUUCAGGUACCACAGUAAGGAUAUGAGAAGAAACGAAACACUGGAAGAGGAUUUCAUCAAGAUCAACCCUCAGCACACCGCGCCUGUCAUCAUCGACGAGGGCUUCACGCUGUGGGAGUCGCGCGCCAUCUGUAAGUACCUCGUGGCCAAGUACGGCAAAGAGGAGCACAAGAAUCUUUACCCCGCGGACAUCAAGACCCGCGCCGUCAUCGACCAGAGACUCGACUUCGACCUCGGCACACUGUAUGCCAGAUUCUACGAAUACUACUAUUGGCAGAUUAUUGACGGAUCUCCUUUGAGCGAGAACAGGUUUAAGAUGGUACAAGAAGCGCUCGGAUUCCUCAACAGCUUCUUAGAAGGUAAUAAGUUCGCGGUUGGCUCCAACAUGACCUUAGCUGACCUGAACCUGGCUGUCACCAUAGAGACAAUGAGGAUCACAGAUAAUUAUGUUCAGCAGUAUCCUAACAUAGUCAGAUGGUUUGAGCUCGUUAAACGCACAGCGCCAAAGUUUGAUGAGAUUUUGGGGAAAUUUGGUAAAGAUCAUAGCGAAGCGAUAGAAUACUACAAAGAGGCCACCUUUAUGGAACGUGCGGAGCAGGCACGACUAGAAAAAUCGUAAUUUUAUAAUUUCCAGACAAAAUGACUAUCGACUUUUACUACAUGACGGGCUCGCCCCCUUGCACCGUGAUAUCGAUUAUAUUAGCGGAAC